AUGGACAGGUGUCGCAACGAUGAUGUGUGCGAGAAAACAGCUCUACUGACCACUGGCUGGUGCGUGGAAUUGCUCAAUAACCUCCGAUCAUCAGCCAUCUCGUCCGACGUCCCAAAAAUGAAUGUGCCUCGCCUUCUGGACCUCUGUGUUCGUCGAGUCAUUUCUUAUAUUUUUGAAGACACCUUGCCUCCCACAUCAUGUCAACUGAACCCAGAUUUGAGUAACCGAUUAUUCGAAGAGUACUGUGAGAAUUUUGAUGCAAAAGUAACGAGAAAGAUGAUGAAGGAUGUUUGCUCGAUGCUCAAUGUAACUAAAGUGGAUUUUAGUUAUGGCGGUCCUAAAAGAAAAGAACUUAUCAUAUUGCAAAAUAUGAAUUUGGUUUCUUUGGUUUUAGGAAGCUUGAAUUAUUUGGGUCCUAAUAAAACAGACUCCCACGAACCCUUAAAACUCGAUGCAAUGCUGAAGUUUUGUCUGAAUAAAACAACACUUCAACAGUUGAGGCACUUGGAUUUGAGUUCAACCAAAAGAAAAUACUUGGAUGGAUGGGUUGAAAGUAUCUCGAAACUUCUACCAUCGCUUAUCAGCUUUUCAGUAAGGGAUCGACAAUUGUCCCCUCUAGAAUUCGGACCGAUUUGUUCCAACUUCCCGAAUCUUCGUUCUCUUGACAUCUCCGAUACAGGACUAACAUCUCUCAAGGGGAUUUCAAACCUAUCGAACAUUGAAAUAUUAGCCAUCGGUGGUUUGGGAUCUCUCAGUUGGCAGAACAUGAUCGAAAUUUUCGAACUGAAAAAGAUUCGAGUUUUGAAUUUGUCAAGUAGAAAAUAUUUGGCACGCACAAGCAUGUUUGAAAGGUUUCUUCUCUGCGACAAAGUGUUACCGGAACUGAGAUCAAUCGAUUUGACUGGGACAUUUGUUGGGUUCAAUAUGCUUGAUGACCUCCUCAAAACUCAUUCUACUAUUCAAGAAAUUGGAAUGCUUAGAACCCCUUGUGAUAACCUCCCGGAGGCUUUUCACGAUGUCCAUAUUCUAUCAUGCCAAAAUUUGACAGUUUCAACCCAGUCAUUGAAACAUUAUGCAUCCGUGAAAAACAAUUCUUCAGUCUGCUUUGUUUUACACUUGACAAGAAGUGUAAUGGAAGAACGAUUGGACACAGAGAACGACAUAACCAUCAGGAAGUGGUUUCGCACAAUUUGCGAAACUAUCGAAAAGUUUCCAGUUUCGACAAGUGUUCACAAGUUGGCACUGAAGUGUUUGCAACAAAUUAUCAGAAAAGAGAGAAUUACCAUUUUUUCACUUGCCGAACUUCACGAACUAGUACACAUUCUGUUCGUCAUUUGUGAUGUAUAUAUUGAUUACAAAGAGUGUAAAAUUGAAGCUAGAAUGAUUGAAGGCGUAUGGGAUAUUUUUAAAAACAAGCAUUUUCUCUCAACUACUCAUCUGAACAUUCAGAGAAUUUAUGAGAAUGCACUCGAGUAUUGUUUGAUUGAGAAGGCACGCCCCAUUCAUGAUGUUUGUAUGAAAAUUAUGAAAUACACCUUCAAGAUUAUGAAGCCAGAAGAUCAGAAGGAGAUGUUCGGAAACUUGGAUAUUUGUCGAGAUCUUCUUGAAUCUCUCAAUUUUUUCUAUAGAACAAAACAGUUCAAGAAAUAUCAAUUUGUACUGAAAUUCAUUAUUAAAUUGGUCGAGUAUCAUCCAGAGAACUUUGUGAAAGUUGGAGGAGUGAGUAUCUUCGUGAGACAUUUGAUAAGAUACAGUCAGGUGGAGAGCUUGAAAAUGUUGAGAGUUUUGGCUUCAACUGGAAAUUCGGAGUUCAUUAGAGAGCUGUCAACACCGGAAAAUGUUCGAGGCUUUGUACGCUAUUUGCUGAAAUGCAAACCGCAACUAAACUACUUCACAAACGUCAAUUCUCUGAGUGAGAAAACAUUUCUAGUCUGCUGUAUUCUCAGUGUAAUCGUUUACUCUAUCGACGAGAAACGUUUCAACUCAAUAUAUUGGAAGAAUAUUGUGAAACUACUCAAGGAGGUUCUCACUACUUUGGCAGAAGAACCAGGUUAUCCAUGUGUUCAUCUUGAAGAAGUUUUCGAAACAUACUUUGAGAAAAGAACGAUGGAAGUGAGACAGGGACCAAUUCAAGCUAUUCAGUGCCACAGAGAGGAGAAAGGAGCUUGUUUUUACUGUUAA